GACAACAAGAUAGGUUAUUAAUACCUACUAAGCCUGUAGUUAUUAAUCUAUACAGUUUCAUAAUUAUUUCGAACUUUUCUAAUUCCAUGCUGUUAAAGUGGUGAGGAUGAACGAGCCUAGUUCGUUUGGCUAUCAAGAGGAGGUGCCGGGUCAGGCGCCUGUUGCCCCCAGCGGGCCGGCUUACCCGGGGCAGUACAAGUUCUCGCCAGAUGAACUGCGCGUGCUGAGUGAAUGUAACCGCGAGAGCUUCUACCAACGUUCCAUGCCUCUGGGAACGCUGUUAGGUCUUGGUGCUUUUGCAGCGGUACAGAGUGGCCACUUGAAACCGAAUCCACGUUUCGGUGCAUUCCCGAAAGUGACGCUAGCGGUCAUUGUGGGCUACUUUGUGGGCAAAAUAUCAUACCAACAGGCGUGCGCUGAGAAGCUGAUGGCAUUGCCCGGUAGCUACAUCGGUCAACUGCUGCGGGACCGGCGUGAUGGGAAAGUGACAGCCCCGCCGAUGUCGAAGCCGCCAUCGUCAAUGUUGGGCGCAGGUCCAAAUGAUAUCUACUCGGAUGCGGGCCCUGGUAAUUCCCUGGACCUUGAUACGGACCGUCCGAUCUUCGACGACUCUUAUCGUCCAGAUACAGGAGUUAUCUCUGGCGAGUCACCAGUUGCGCGCCCUACAUCGCCAAUGUUGUCCUAUGACGAGUUGCGCCGGCGCAACCGCGGCGACCACGCCGAUGCUAAGCAAGACCCAUACAGAAUGGAUCCGUCAAUGACACCACCCAUAGCAAGACCCCGUCCUCCACCUUCAGCCGCGUCCCCUCACACCAACAAGUAUGGUGACGUCAUCGACUAGACCACCGACUGGACCACGGCCUAAUGUACGCCACAUUCCCAUUAUGACAAAAAAAAAAACUUAAAUUCGGUAAAUAUGGUGUAAUAUACAAAAAAUGCAAUUUUGACAGUAGUUAUAAAUAAUGUUUUGCCUUUACAAUUUUAUCGAGUUAAUGCUAAAUUUUAAUGAAAUCAUAAAUCGACAUAACAGGAAUAUGGCAUACAGGAAAUAAAAAAUUCGUGUCGCCAUCACAUGCACACCAGUAUUCGUAAUAUUAGGGAUAAAACUAAAUAUAUCAUAGUAAAAUCAAAUAUAAUUGUUAUACAAUUAUUGAAUUGUUACACCAAAACUGGUAUCUUGUCACUUAAUGAAAUUCUCCUCGCACUUGUUAAGAAGCAAAAUUUGAUUUUGAUAAUUUUAAAUGUAGUGGACAGGUGUAAUUAAAAUUUUAUUUCGUGACAAGUUCGUUUGACUUAUUUCUCGUUGUCACUAAACUAAUGAUGGCAACGGGAAAUAUAGUGGAACGUAUCACACUAGUCUUAGUAGCUGGCAUUUUAUUUUCAACAUAUAAAAAUGUUGCCAAACUAAAAUGUGUCAUCCCGGCACACAGAUAAUUACACUAAGACUUCUCAGUGGUCACUAAGCCUCCUAAGUACAAUCAUCGAUAAAAACCGCUGAUAUGGUAGAGCGCGGGCGGCACGAAACGCAUUUGUAUUAAUACAAUCAUGUAAUAAUUUGUUAAUAUUUGAAUAAAGUAGUUAAGAGUUA